AUGGCGCACCUCAACGUAAAGCCGGACCCGGCUUACCUCAAGCACCAGGGUGUGUGGGAUCCCCGACUUCGAACGUUGGUAUUUAUGGGUUCUAACGAAGGUGAAAUAGCUAUGCAAAAGACUCGACACCACUUUUUCCGAUGGACUCCGCGAACAGCUAGAAUCACCUUUAUGUAUGUGGCUGUUGUGCCUGCCAUAUUCGGCUAUGUCGCCUACAAGACCGACGGCCUCUACAAUUUUCGCGCAAAGAGACGGGGCGAUACCAUCUACGAGCGAUAG